UUAAAGGCAACACAAAAUAUGGCCACAAGGUAAGAUUGCUUGGCCUUUUUAGAUAUUAUUAAUAGAUAUGUUUGUUUUUUUAACAUGCCUACUUCCCCACCAUAGGUGAUCAUUACCAUAAUGUCUACUUUUACAUGUUUUUACACAAUAAUCAAUUAGAUAUUUUACUGAAAAUAUAAUAUUAGGGCGCUCCAACUGUUGAGUCAUCAUAGCAUUGUGCUAUUUUAGGCAAGCUUUAGUAAAUGCCCUUCAUUACUGUAAUGCAUAGCUUUCAUGAGAAUCACCCAAAUAAUUAAUGGUAAAUUUUUGUUUACAUUUUUAACUAAUAUUAUGUAAUUUAUCACUCUUUGAAUGUAUCAUCUUCAGCACAAUUUUGGCGAUGAAUACAUGAUGCCAGUUCCAUAACGGCGUGCCAAGUAUUUACAAUUGUAAAUCCAAAUUGCUAAGACAUGGGUAUUAAUGCUUUAUACUUAGUUUACAUUGGACAAGUUUAUUUUUAUAUUCUGAAGUUGAGGUAUACUAUAACUAAAAUUGUUGUUUUACACAGCAAAAACCUGCUCUCGCACCUUGCUUUACAAGAAACAUGAAUUGCAGGUUUGUUUUUAUUAGGGCUGUCAAAUGAUUAAAAUUUUUAAUCGAGUUAAUUACAGCUUAAAAAUUAAUUAAUUGUAAUUAAUCACAAUUCAAACCAUCUUAUAAAAUAUGCCAUAUUUUUCUUUAAAUUAUUGUUGGAAUGGAAAGCCACUAGACGGAUAUAUACAUUCAACAUACGGUACAUAAGUACUGUAUUUGUUAUUAUAACAAUAAAUCAACAAGAUGGCAUUAACAUUAUUAUAUUAUUGUUUUUUUUAUAUUAUUAUUAUUAUCAUUAUUAUUAUAUUAUUAUAUAUUGUGACCCAUAAUGCACCACAAUCAAGGCAAGACAAAAUAUGGCUCCAAGGUAAGAUUGUUUGGCCUUGAUAUCGUUUAUGGGUAAGUUUGUUUUUAUUUACUUGUAAGAUGACAUGUUUUUAGACAUUAAUCAAUUAGAUAUUUUACUGCAAAUAUCAUAUUAGGGAGCUCAACCUGUUGAAUAAUCAUAGCAUUCUGCCAUUUUAUGAUAGUUUUAAUGCAUAGCUCUCAUGUGAAUUACUCUAAAGGCAAAAUCGUUUGCGGUAAUUUUUUAUUGUUUUUAUUUAUUUAUUAAAUGAAAUCAUUCUGACCCAUAAUGCAGCACAAACUAGGUUUUGAUUAAAUGAAAUAAUUCUGACCCAUAAUGCAGCACAAACAAGGCAAGACAAAAGAUGCGUGGAAGGGUCGCGGAGGUGCUGGAGCCUAUCCCAGCUAACUACGGGCAGUAGGCAGUGGACACCCUGAACUGGUUGCCAGCCAAUCGCAGGGCACAAGGAGACAUACAACCAUUCACGCACACACUCACACCUAUGGACUAUUUAGAGUGUUCAAUCUGCCUACCACGCAUGUUUUUGGGAUGUGGGAGGAAACCGGAGUUCCCGGAGGAAACCCACGCAGGCACGGGGAGAACAUGCAAACUCCACACAGGAAAGCCGUAGCCCGGGAUUGAACCCUUGAUCUCAGAACUGUGAGGCGGACGUGCUAACCACUCAGCCACCGUGCCACGUUAUAACAGUUCACCUGCAGGAGGAGCUGCAACUCACUCCACCAAGCCUGACCGGAGCGAUGAGAGAUGCUUCUUUUUUCCCCCCCUUCUGUAGCAUGAAUAAUAACCAGAGAGAGAGCACGUCAAGAGGCGAGCGGGUAGGGGGGCGAGAGCAGGAGAAAUAGCAGCCACAGUGACAGAUGAGAGAUGAGAGCGUGGCAUAACUUGUCUUUUUUGACUGCGUUCUGGGCUGGGGUGAAAGCAGAGAGCAAGUGCAUCAGAGUUUAAGGCGAAGUCAAGAAUCACGCUGGCACCCUCAAGCAGACCUCUCAGCCCGGCUGCUGCACAACAAGUUCCGAGCAUACCUUUCGAAAAGGUGCACAAGUUUCGUCUUGAAGAUCUACUCCAGCGCGAUGGCUCCAUCGGAAUCGAGCCACCUUGCCGUGUAGAGGACCUGCGCGUUUUCCCCUCCAGAAAAACUUGAAGCCCUGCGGAGGAUGGAGAAGCUGUCAGGGAAGGACAAGGAGCUGAUACGGAGCAGCUGGGAGAGCCUGGGCAAGAAUAAAGUUCCUCACGGCGUUGUUAUGUUUUCCAGGCUUUUUGAGCUUGACCCAGCUCUUCUUACUCUUUUCCACUACAACACAAACUGUGGCAACACACAAGACUGCCUCUCCAGUCCAGAGUUCCUGGAGCAUGUCACGAAGGUGAUGCUUGUAAUUGAUGCCGCCGUAAGCCACCUGGAUGAUCUCCACUCCUUGAAGGAUUUUCUUCUCAACCUAGGGAGGAAGCAUCAGGCCGUGGGGGUCAACCCGCAGUCAUUUGCUGUGGUGGGGGAGUCGCUCUUGUAUAUGCUGCAGUGCAAUUUGGGCCAGGCUUACUCGGCGCCCAUGCGUCAAGCCUGGCUCAAUAUGUACAGCAUCGUGGUGGCCGCCAUGAGCCAAGGUUGGUCCGAGAACGGCGAGGACAAGGCCGACUGAGGCACCACGUGAGCCGUCGUCUCGCUUCUUUGCGGUUGCCAUGGAACGAGGUUGUGUAACUUGCAGCGCUGUGGCUUUUUUUCCCCCCACGCUGCUGUACAUCUGCUGUACGUUAGCGGAGAGCGCAAAGCAAAGGCGAAUGUAUGGUGCGGCCACCCAUCGCAGAGCUUUUUUUUCUUUGCAAGUAGGGUCCAAGCAAAGAAAAAGCAAGAGGGUUCAUUUGUACAUAAUGCCGUUUAUUAUAUAAUCUGACUAUAGUGAAAUAUGUGAUGUAUCUGCCUCACGCUUUUCAAAGUGAUACGGGUUCGGGAGGGCAGCUGUGGGUCAAAUUGCGACCAAACACAAAAUGUCAUCACUUUUUUCCUAAAAGUGUUUUGUUUUGUGUAUGUUACUCAACUUUUAAUGUGUAAGGCAAGACCUUUCCAAUAGACAAGAACUGUUAUACACUGAUAGCUUUCUACUUUAAUCUCUGACUGUUACGGUGUCUUGAUGCACCUUUCUUAAAACGGUGUGUGAUGCUCCCUACAGUGGAGGCCGUGAUAUGUAUCUCACUAGUUUGACUGUUAACAAAUAAGACUGUUAUGUGCAGGUAAAGGGCAUAUAGGAGGAUUUUCUACAUGUUCGCACUCAAGUUUGAUGUUCAUCAUUGUAAUCAUGGCUUAUUAACUGUGUCGUCGUGGCAACAAAACGGAUUGUGGAUGUGAAUGCUAACACUAAAUGGGUGAUUCUCAUGAAGCUAAGCCUAACUAUGUCUUUGAAUAUUUUAGGGAUACAUACAGUGCUGACCAAAAGUAUUGGCUCAAUUUCUCCCAGAAAAUGCUUGCAAUGACAAAUGCUUUGGUAGGAAUAUUUUCAUUUAUUUUGUUUGCAAUGGGAAAACAUAAAAAAGAAUGGGAAAAAAAAAAUUAAUCAUUAUCAUUUUACACAAAACUCCAAAAAUAGGUCGGACAAAAGUAUUGGCACCCUUUGAAAAAACGUGAUGCUUCUCUAAUUUGUGUAAUUAACAGCACCUGUUACUUACCUGUGGUACAUAGCAGGUGGUGGCAAUAACUAAAGCCCACUUGCAGCCAGUUAAAAUGGAUUAAAGUAGACUCAACCUCAGUGCUGUGUCCUUGUGUGUACCACACUGAGCAUGUAGAAAAGAAAGAAGACCAAAGACCAAAGAACUGUCUGAGGACUUGAGAAGCAAAAUUGUGAGGAAGCAUGGGCAAUCUCAAGGCUACAAGUCCAUCUCCAAAGACCUGAAUGUUCCUGUGUCUACCUUGCACAGUGUCACCAAUAAUUGUAAAUCCCAUGGCACUGUGGCUAACCUCCCUAGAUAUGUAUGGAAAAGAAAAAUUGAAGAGCGAUUUCAACGAAAGAUUGUGCGGAUAGUGGAUAAAGAAUCUCGACUAGCAUCCAAACAACUUCAAGCUGUCCUGCAGUCACAAGGGUACAACAGUGUCAACCUGUACUAUCCGUCGGCAUUUGAAUGAAAAGGGACUCUAUUGUAGGAUACCCUGGAAGACCCCACUUCUGACCCAGAGACAUAAAAAAUCCAGGCUGGAGUUGCUGGCUGGUCAGAUGAGACAAAAGUAGAGCUUUUUAGGAAAAGUCAUCAACAUGGAGUUUACAGGGGGAAAAAACGAAGCUUUCAAAGAAAAGAACACGGUCCCAACAGUCAAGCAUGGCGGAGGUUCCCUGAUGUUUUGAGAUUUGCUUUGGGGUUGAUCCAAACACACUUCAAAAAGCACUAGAAAAUGGUUUGAGAGAAACCACUGGAGACUUCUAAAGUGGCCAGCAAUGAGUCCAGACCCGAAUCCCAGAGAACACCUGUGGAGAGAUCUGAAAAUGGCAGUUUGGAAAAGGCACCCUUCAAAUCUCAGAGACCUGGAGCAGUUGGCCAAAGAAGAAUGGUCUAAAAUUCCAGCGGUUUUCUAAGAAACUCAUUGAUGGAUACCGGAAGCGUUUGUUCGCAGUUAUUUUGUUGAAAGGUUGUGCUACCAAGUAUUAGGCUGAGGGUGCCAAUACUUUUGUCUGGCCCAUUUUUGGAGUUUUGUGUAAAAUGAUAACGAUUUAAUGUGUUUUUCAUUCUCUUUUGUGUUUUCAUUGCAAGCAAAAUAAAUGAAGAUAUUACUACCAAAGCAUUUGUAAUUGCAAUCAUUUUCUGGGAGAAAUUGAGCAAUAUACGACAGAAUUGCAGCGGUGCCAAUACUUUUGGCCAGCACUGUAUGUCUAUGUACUGUCUAUUAUGUAGCCCACUCCACUAUUUCUUACCAAAAAAGUAUUUUGUAUGUUCUUAAAAGGGCAGAUGAAGAGUUCAAUUCUUGAGCACUUUACUGGGUUAAAUUUUAUCGAAUGCCUCAUUAACUGUGUAAAAACUCAUAUUAGAGAUACAUAUAAGACAUGUUUUUCAUUUUUCCUAAAGUAUAAUAAAAAAAAAUGUAUAUAUAAAUAUAUACCGUAUUGGCCCGAAUAUAAGACGACCCUGAUUAUAAGACGACCCCCUCUUUUUCAAGACUCAAAUUUGAAAAAUACUUUUUGAACACCAAAUUAUUUUUUAUACAGCAAAUAAUUACAUUACAUCCGAAACGAAUGAUUAUAACAAUAUAUUUGAGAGGAAAAAGCAUGCUAUUUUGCCUCAUUCAAAUCUUAAUAUGUGAACAUUUAAAUAUGUAAAUUAAAGUGCAAUCACAUUCGUAAAUGAAUGGCUUCUGUUUUUUGAAAUGUAAAUAAACCAUUCUAUUGUGAUAAAACAACAAAAUUGCAAUAACUGCAUUAACCAUCAAGGUGAAGUCUAACUGUAACUGUAGUCUUGAAACAAAUCCGAAUAAGGAAAAACAUUGCAAUAAAAUAAUGCAAACUGGUUAAACUAAAAAGAGUAGCUGAGAUCUGUCAUGACAGAAAAUCACUUCAAUGAUAUCUGGCGCUAUCUAGCGUCGUGAAUGAGUAUUAUGUCUAGACCGCGAAUAUAAGACGACUCCCUCUUUUUCAUGGUUAUUUCAAUGAAAGAUACACACUCUUAUAUUUGAGCCAAUACGGUAUAUACAGUGCUGCUCGAAAGUUUGUGAACCCCACAGCGAUGGUCAGAUUUUUUGUAAAAAAAACUAAAAUAACCUUAUUAAAUGUUAAGUUAUACCCAAAUCCACAAUACUGACAUUCCAAAUAAUGGACUGAAACAAAAGAAAUAGUUAUAUUGUCAUUCUUUAUUUAACAAAAGUGGUUGAUUUAAGAAAAACUCAGAUAUCAUGUGUGCAAAAGUAUGUGAACCCCUUCAGUUAAUAGGAUAUUGCGCCUCCUUUUGCAGAGAUUACCUCAACCAAACGGUUUCUGUAGUGACUAAUCAGCCUCUCACAUCUACUUUGGGGGAUUUUUGCCCAUUCUUCCUUGCAGAACGCAGUCAGUUGAGAGAGGUUUGAUGGGCGUCUGGCAUGAACUGCUCGCUUCAGGUCCCGCCACAGCAUUUCAAUGGGAUUUAGGUCAGGACUUUGACUGGGCCAGUCCAGAACACGAAUCUUCUUCUUUUUCAGCCAUUCCUUGGUUGUAUUGCUGGAAUGCUUUGGAUCAUUAUCAUGUUGCAUGAUCCACCUUCUGCCAAGCUUUAACUUCAAAACAGAUGGCGUCAGGUUAUGUUCUAGGAUUUGACAAUAUUCCUCAGAAUUCAUGAUUCCCUGGACUAUGUGGAGUUGUCCAGGUCCUGAGGAUGAAAAGCAAGCCCAGAUCUUGACAUUCCCACCUCCAUGCUUCACUGUUGGGAGAAGGUUCUUUUGGUGGUAUGCAGUGUUGACUUUUCGCCAGACAUGGCGGUUUUGGUUGUGACCAAACAGUUCAAUUUUGCACCUACAUCAGUUGAUGAAAACUCUUUUUAAUUUAGUCUCGACAACACAACUGUUAAAAAAACAAAAAAAACCUACUGAAUUGAUUGAUUAGGAAAUCAGGUUGAAAUAAUAGAAAAUUCCAAAAUGUUGAGGGGGUUCACAAACUUUUGAGCAG